GGGGAGGCGGGAGCGGCGUUUCCUAGCAGCGGGCGCCGCCAUGGCGCCGCGGCGCGGCGGGUCGCUGGGCUACGCGCUACUGUGCGGGCAGGCUGUGCUGCUGCUCGGCAACCUGCUGCUGCUGCACGGCGCCUCGCGCGGCCUCCCACACAACGGCAGCGAGCCCGAGGCGCCGGGCUCUGAGCCGGCUGCUGCCACCUGGGCCUACAGCGACCCGCGGGCGCCACUCGUCCUCUGCACGUACCUCCCCGAGGAGUUCGUGGAGUGCGACGAGCCCGUGGACCACGGCGGGAACGCGACGGCGCAGCAGGAGCUGGGCCACGGCUGCGUGAAGUUCGGCGGGCAGGCACACGGCGAUGUGGACCACACUCGGGUGCAGUGCCGGGCCCUGGACGGCAUCGAGUGUGCUGAGCCGCGGAGCUUCCUGCGGGGCAGCCGGCCCUGCGUCAGGUACACCGGCCAUUACUUCAUCACUACUUUGCUCUACUCAUUUUUCCUGGGCUGCUUCGGAGUGGAUCGCUUCUGCCUCGGCCACACAGGCACCGCUGUGGGAAAGCUGCUGACUCUGGGGGGUCUCGGGAUCUGGUGGUUUGUGGAUCUGAUUCUCCUCAUCACUGGGGGGUUAAUGCCCAGCGAUGGCAGCAAUUGGUGCACUGUGUACUGAGCAGAACCAGGGCGGAUCCCUAGAGCUCACUGUGGCUGCAGGACUGGAGAUGGACUCCUCCUCUUGCUUCAAAGCAUCAGAACAAACUCCACUUGAGGGCUUCUGACUUGCACAGAUAUGGAUUUACAAAGCUAUAACUUAAUCUGCAGAACAAUUGUUCUUGGUAAUUCCUCUGUACAUAUGUUGGACACAAAAUUAGGUAUAUAUUUUGCUCGUUUUAAACAAUCUGAGCUUUUUUCCUCUCAAGUGAUAAGUUUGACAACUCAGGCUUUGCAAACACAAGUGGUCAAAUUAAUAAAGUUUGGAAAGAGCUGA